CAGAAUAUUACACAAGUUCCAAAAACGAAAAUGACUAAUAUUUACAAAUUACCAAUAAAUAAAAGCUAGUUUAAAGAACAUAAAAAAGUAUUUUUUUACAACACCAAGAUGUUUAAUUUCUGGUCCAAACCCGACCCAAAAGAAGAACAAAAAGAAGCGGACAGGCAACUGAGAAAAGUGGGAAGAGACGUCGAAAGAGAACGGAGACAUUUGGAAAGAGAAGAAACCAAAUUGGAGCAAGAGAUAAAGAAACUAGCGAAACAAGGAGAUAAAGAAGGAUGCAAAAUCCUAGCCAAGCAAUUGAUUGCCCUGAGGAAGCAGAAACAACGAACAUAUACCGCAAACAGCAAAAUCCAAAAUAUAGCUUUCCAGAAUAAAAAUAUCUCUGCUAAUGUCAAAUUAGCUGAUGCCAUGAGCGUGGCGGGGAAAACCAUGGGAGAUAUGAACAAAAUAAUGAAUCCCGAGCAAAUUUCCGCCACUAUUAACGCGUUCAGCAGGGAGAAUAUGAAAAUGGAGAUGACAGAUGAAAUGAUUAACGAUUCACUCGACGAUAUGCUAACGGAGUCCGGAGACGAGGAGGAAAGCGAUAACAUUGUGUCGCAGGUUCUGGAUGAAAUCGGGAUAGAAAUCAGUGGAAAGAUUGCCGGGGCUCCAUUGCCCGGUACAGAUAGAAUAGGGGAGUCUUCGAAAUCCAAGGGCCUCACAAACGAAGAAAUCGAAGCGCAGCUGGCGCAAUUGAGGAAUUAAUUGAGUAGAUUCAAUUGUGCUGUUAAAUUUAUACGAAAUGAUAUUGGGUUUAAUUUAGAUUUUCGAGGUAUUAAUGGGAUUAUUUAUUUAUAUGCUUUAAUCGUGUAUGAUUAAUUAAUGCUGAUGAUGAGAUUAUUAAUAAACAAGCAUCCAGCUAUCUAGCAUCACCUAAAUAAGUUCUAAUUAGAGAAGACAGCAAAACAGUAAAAGAUCAGCUGUCAACGUCGAACUAUCGUGUUUUUUGUAUUU